AUGGCGUUUCAUCAUCAUCAUCAUCACCAGCAGCAGCAAACCCCUCCAGAAAUGGCGUUCCACUCCUUCGCCUCGGACCCGCCGCCUCUCUCCGGAGCCCCGACGUGGCUCAACAACGCCGCGUUUCGACAACAGAACAACUUCCUCCACGACGCGCGAAACGACGACGUCGUCAUAUCACCGUCGGGGAAGAGCAGCAACUGCAGCGGCCGGAACCGGAGAGAGAUAAGCGGCUACGACGGCGAAGAGGAGGAAGAAGACGAACUGGAGUGCGAGAGCGCGAGGUUCAAAGCGGACUUAGUGGGCCACCCUCUGUACGAGCAGCUUGUAUCGGCUCACGUCUCGUGCUUGAGGAUCGCCACCCCGGUCGAUCAGCUGCCGAGGAUCGACGAGCAGCUCGUGCAGUCGCAGCGCGUGGUGGAUAAGUACUCUGCGCUUCGGGCCAAUGGGGAUGUCCAAGUGAUGGAUGAGAAAGAACUUGAUUUAUUCAUGACAAACUAUGUUCUCCUGCUAUGCUCCUUCAAAGAACAAUUGCAGCAGCAUGUCCGAGUUCAUGCCAUGGAAGCAGUGAUGGCUUGUUGGGAGCUCGAUCAAUCUCUACAAAGCUUAACAGGUGUGUCUACGGGUGAAGGCACCGGUGCUACAAUGUCCGACGACGAUGACCAGGUCGACAGCGACAUCAACUCGUAUGAUGGAAGCCUGGACGGGCCUGACACCAUGGGAUUCGGUCCUCUCGUUCCGACUGAGAGUGAGAGGUCCUUAAUGGAGCGUGUAAGGCAAGAAUUGAAGCAUGAACUGAAACAGGGUUACAAGGAAAAGAUUGUAGACAUUAGGGAGGAAAUUCUACGCAAGAGAAGAGCAGGUAAACUGCCAGGUGACACCACUUCUGUCCUAAAAUCUUGGUGGCAAUCACAUUCCAAGUGGCCUUACCCUACGGAGGAAGACAAAGCCAGGUUGGUGCAGGAAACAGGCUUGCAAUUGAAACAGAUCAAUAACUGGUUCAUAAAUCAAAGAAAAAGGAAUUGGCACAGUAACAUUUCCUCAACUUCUGUUUUGAAGAGCAAACGCAAGAGGUAG